UGGACUGAACUGAACUAACCAUAAGGAUAUAGUCAAAAUAUAGAGCAUCCUGAUGCUAAUAUACUUCACCCCCCUACCUAGUAGGAGUGUUGUAUGCAGCUGGGGAUCACAAAGCACACGACACACCUGCGAAGUUUAGCUGUUAAAGAUGAAUUCAACAUGCACACAGAUCUUGCUGAAAAGCACCUCAUCCAUGUCACUAGAUGAGCGCUUCACCAUGAUGAUGCAUAGUCAGAAGGUGCAAUUGGCUGACGUCAGGGACACUAUGCCCCAGAAGAUGACCGCUUCAGUGGAGAAUCGGCGCCUGGCUCAGCAAAUGGCCAAUCGUCCUUCAGUUCUGGCUGCUCUUCAGAACAAAUUGAGUGUGAAGCAACAUCAUUGUAAGGGCAGCGUCAAGGCAAGGCUCGGGAGGCCUAUGAUGAGGGGAGGCUUGCAUGAGACGUCCAGGUCUUGGGGAAGACCAAGAGGAAGAGGUGUACUGCUGAGGGGAGCUUUGUCACACAGAUUUACAAAUGGGAGCCUGAUACAACAACAGCAUGGAUCUUAUAUAAACAGAGGAGGACUGACCCAAAGUAGAGGAUUAAGAGGAGCUCUCAGAGGCAAAAGAGCAGGUAGAGCCAUGCUAUUUGUAGGCCGUGGCUCAGCUGGAAGAAGUGCUAGACCAGACUGUCGUACUCUUCCCACUCGAGAGGAGCUGGAUGCACAGCUGGAUGAAUACAUGUCCAUGACCAAGAGUCAACUGGAUGCUCAGCUGGAUGCAUACAUGGCAGAAGUUGACCCUGAAGACCUACUUUAAUGAAGCCCUUUAAUGAUUUUGUAGGUUAUUUUUGCAGUUUCUAUACGGUUUGAUAUUGUCAUGGUGACAUUGUUUGAGGAAACUACAGUGCAUUUUUCCUAAUUUCUACAUUUAAAGAAACUUGUUAUUGCAGCAUGCUUUGUACCAUGAAAAAAAAGAAUGGAAAACUGUUACUGAAGUGUUGUUGAAGCUUGUACAUGAGUCCUGUAGAAAGUUCAUAUACCAAUUAUUUUACUAUUGAUUUUUGGUUCUUACAUCUAUUCAUACAGAAAUUGAAAGAAUUUGGGUCAGUUUAGGCCACUCUAGUUAAAUUUUUUUUUGGUUGUAGUCUUGAUAAAAGUUUUGGACAAUUAAAACAAUAUUCUCUAUUAUAAUAUCUCAAUAUUCUCUAUUCAUAGCAGAUAGAGAAGAUGAAAGGCAGUACAAGUGUUCUAUAUACACACAAUCUGACAUGUUAAGGAUGACCCACCUAAGUAACUGAUCUGUUUGGGGCCAAAUGAUGGAGUCUAUCUGGUGCUGUGAAAAUCUUUAUUAAAAAAAAAUAAUUGUGUAUACCUGAUAACUCUGUAAUAUGUUGCUGCUUCAUAUAUUGCUUAAAUAUCCUCAAAUAUAUUCUGAGGCACUGUGUAUCCUGCAUCUACAGCAUUAGAACCAAGCACUUUGUCUAUGGUGACCAGCAUCUAUUGGGAUCAUUUGAGUUAGCUUGUUUUCCUUUGCUUUGUUUAUUUUGUAAUUAUUAUUUUUUUUUAUUGUACUGCAGCACAUCCACAAAACAACCAGGUUCUGCCUCGAAGUUGUUUACUUGAGAGUUGGUUUGUUUAUCACAUUUGAAAUGUAAUUCAAUCUCAUUAUAUCACUUGGUUCAUGCUAAACAUAAUGCUUAUGUUUCAAGUUGACUAUCAGUCAG